GCAGAUAUCCCUCCCAUCGCUCGCAGCGACCAUCCAAUCCUCGGGCACCGAGGCUGUCCAAGCCACUAUUUAAAAGCCUUUCACGAUACAAUUCCUUCUGCGUCUUACACGUGCCAGGAAGACAGCACAGUCGUUCAAGAUUGUAUUUCAUUUCUUAAAAUUGUAUCGCCCUUUGCUCGCUGGGAGCUCUUUCGAAGAUGGCUGCGUUGAAUCGCUUUUCGGGAGCAUGCUGGAAGGGUGUCCCAGUCGGGUUUCUGAACGAGCAGCUGGCUCUCGUCUCCCGCGCCUUACACAAGUCAGCAGCCAGCGAGGUUCUGCAGAUCCCGACCAGAGAGGAGGCCAUGUCCGACAGGAUGAUCGCACCGGCGGAGGUCCGAGAGAAAAGUAAGAUCAAGACCCUGAAGGAGAUGCCCGGCCCGAGCACCCUUUCCAACUUGGUCGAGUUUUUUUGGCGAGACGGCUUCAGCAGAAUCCACGAGAUUCAGAUGGAGCACACCAAAAAGUUUGGAAAAAUCUUCAAAUCUCGUUUCGGACCCCAGCUGGUGGUCUCCAUUGCUGAUCGUGAACUGGUGGCGGAGGUCCUGCGGGCUGAGGGCGUGGCCCCUCAAAGAGCCAACAUGGAAUCCUGGCAUGAGUACAGAGACAUGAGGGGCCGCUCCACUGGCCUGAUCUCAGCUGAGGGAGAAGAUUGGCUAAAGAUGCGGAGUGUGCUCAGACAACUGAUCAUGCGUCCCCGCGAUGUGGCGGUCUUCUCCGAUGAUGUGAACAAGGUGGUGGAUGACCUGGUCAAGAGAGUUUACAACCUUCGAGCCCAACAGCCUGAUGGUCUUACCGUCCUCAAUGUGAAUGACCUGUUCUUCAAAUAUUCCAUGGAAGGUGUGGCUGCCAUCUUGUAUGAGUGUAGGCUGGGAUGUUUGGAAAACAACGUGCCCAAAGAAACCCAGGAUUACAUCUCGGCCUUGCAUCUCAUGUUCAGUUCCUUCAAGACCACCAUGUAUGCCGGAGCGAUUCCUAAGUGGCUGCGCCCCAUCAUUCCCAAACCAUGGGAAGAGUUUUGUCUCUCCUGGGAUGGCCUGUUCAGAUUUAGCAUGAUUCAUGUAGAUAAAAGAUUCAAGGACAUCAAGGCCCAGGUGGAGAGGGGGGAGAAGGUGAAGGGUGGACUGCUCACACACAUGCUCACCACGAUGGAGAUGAGCGUGGAGGAGAUCUACGCAAACGUAACAGAGAUGCUCCUGGCUGGGGUCGAUACGACAUCCUUCACCCUCUCCUGGGCCAGCUAUCUGUUGGCACAACACCCUCGCAUCCAGGAGCAGAUCCACACCGAAGUCACACAGACUCUGGGACCUGGAACCGUGCCCACAGCUCAAGACGUCCCUCGCCUGCCUCUCAUCAGAGGGCUUGUAAAAGAGACUCUCAGGCUUUUUCCAGUUCUCCCAGGCAACGGCCGGAUUACCCAGGAUGACUUGGUGGUUGGUGGAUACUUCAUCCCCAAAGGGACUCAGCUGGCCCUCUGUCACUACUCCACAUCUCUGGAUGAGCAGAACUUCCCCAGUCCCUUAGAGUUCCAACCAGACCGGUGGGUACGGAAAGAUUCCUCAGAUCGUGUGGACAACUUUGGCUCAAUUCCCUUUGGCUACGGCAUCAGGAGCUGCAUUGGCAGGAGAAUUGCGGAGUUGGAGAUGCAUCUAGCUCUCACCAGGCUCAUUCAGAAAUUCUACAUUGGGAUGUCUCCUCUCACUGAAGAUGUCAAGGCCAAAACCCACGGCCUGCUCUGCCCUGGUGCCCCCAUCAACCUGCAGUUCAUUGAGAGGGAUAACUAAGUCCAGGCUCUUUUGCAUAAGAUUUUUUUUUUUUUUUCCCUUCUGAUCUUUAACUGGGUGCUCAUCACUACUGGAGCACUUAAAACACUGCUUCUAGAGUUUUUACUCAGGCCAGGAAUGUGUCUUACAUGUUUGUCAUGAUACACAAAUACUGUGCAUAUUUUAAGCUAUAAGAAUAGUUUUUUUUGAAUGUAUGUUAAUGGAAGGAACCACUCCUUUUUUUUUCUUUCUUUUGACUGUUAUUCCUUUUUUAUCCAUCAUGUUCAAAAUUAUGUGGGAGUGGUGGUGGUUGUUGGGGCGGGGGGGAAUGAAUUUUGUCAGUACUGUAACUUCUUAUAUCACUGUUUCUUACGAUAUCUGUUCACAGUCUAUAUUGUAUGCUGUUUUCACACUUUUUUUUCCCUCCUUGUCCGAAAAAGCAAUUUACCGAGACAUUGAAGGGCAGCUGUUAAAUGUAUUGAAAAUGAGCUGUUUAGCUGACGUUUGACAAGCUUUAUCAAAUUAUGGUGAGUCUGUUUCAAACCAAAUUAUCGUAGCUGGUUGCUUUUCUUUGGUUAAACAAGUGUUGUCGUUUUUUUUUUUUUCAUUUUUCUUUGAUUUCUUUUCUUACUGAGCAAAAGUUAUUACAUGUACUGUAUAUCAAAACAUCAAAAAUACAAAAAUUAUUUCAAUGGAAACGUGUAUUAAGAAUAGUUUUUCAACUUUUUUAAAUAGAACUAGUUAGAUGUUUUUAAAAAAAAUUCUAUAAUAAAUCACAUUGUUAACUAUUUAAAAUAUCUCAUUUGCUAAUUUAAUAUGUAUUAGUUUUAUAAAAUGUAAGGCGGGGCUUCAGAAUGUGUUCUGGAUAUUUGGUUUACGUGCUGCUGGUGGGAACGUAUCAGAAAACCUUUUUCUUUUUAAGAGGGUAAAUGCAUGUUGGGAAUGGUAUUUUGAUGAGAAAAUCGCUGUGUACAAAAAAAAAAUGCUGUUUGGUACGCUGAAAAACUUUUUUUAUGUACUUGUAUGUCAUUAACAUUGUAGUUCAAAUAGGAAAUAAUAAAAAGUGACUUUUACACUAAA